AUGGACGUUGAGCUGGGUACCGAGAGCUCUAGUGGUAACUUUCUUGGCGAGCUAGGACCACCGAUUAGAAGAUAUCCAUACAAAGGAAUCAGCCAAUUUCGAGACCUUUUAAAGAUGGAAUCAAGUCGCCAGCAAGAAGAUCUUGAAAUCAGUGAAUGGGUGCUUUUCACCGAGGUUAACCAGAAUGCCUUUAGUCGCGACUUCCUCAAUUCGGACGAUAAAAUCAUUGAGCGUUGCUGGAACUCUUACGACUCUUGCCAACACCUCCUCCUCGUCAAAAUGACUGUCUCCCGACCACAUGAAAUUGCUCCACGAGUAUUCGAAAGACUCCUGCUUGAUUCUCUUGAGCCUAUGGGCCUCAAACGCUGUCUUCGAACCUUUGGAUCCGCUACAUGCGUUGCAGAAAGUGGCUCCGCUAAACAGCCUGACGCGCAGUUUCUACCGAAGAGACUCCCUCGAGCGCGAACGAAGAAAUGGCCCACGCUUGUCGUGGAAUCGGUAUUUUCAGAGUCGCCUUCUAAGUUGAUGUCCGAUGCUCGUUUCUGGCUUACCCAAUCAAAUGGAGAGGUUCAACUGGUCAUCACCAUCAAGAUCAGCCGGAGCAUGCCCCAGAUCGUGCUGGAGUCGUGGGAACGUUUCAAUGAUAGACCUAAGCGCACACAAGUUGUUACUAUCAGCAAAGGGGAAAACAAUCAUCUCUACAUCCGAGGCCAGCCCCUUAUCAUCGGGUUCGACAAGCUCUUUCUUCGCCAGCCGAGCAGCCCGAAGGAAAUGGAUAUAAGCCUUGACGACUCUGUUUUGGAGGAACUUGCCACUGAAGUUUGGGAAGAGCAGGAGUUCUGA